UUUCCCUCCGCUUUGCAAAGUCACUGUCUGAGCAGAAUCGUCGGAAAGAAGAGGCCAGUUGCUUCUGAUACUUCUCUAAAAAGCUACUUAAAUGAAAUGAGAGGACUUAUCUAUCCAAGGAUUUACAGCCUAGAAAAGAAGCAAAGAAGUUAUUUCCUCCUUUUUCUCCCCCUACUCCCAGUAGAGCUGAUCAGAUCUCAGUUCUGGCAUGCGUCUCAUCUCUCCGAAUACUAUGUCACAGUAUUCUACUAACUUUCUCUUGCUUCCCAUACCCGAGAAUCCUGUCUUAGACUGUGUGCCCAACAAAAUCAUCAAGCUUGUUGUACUUGGUGGCAGUAACGUUGGCAAGACAGCCCUGGUUGUGCGCUUUCUCACUAAAAGAUUUAUUGGAGACUAUGAGGCCAAUACUGGUGCCUUGUAUUCAAGAAAAUUCACCAUAGACGGAGAGCAGAUCUCCUUACAGGUGCAGGAUACACCCUUUGUCUCAUUGGAGGAUGAUAAUGACAGUAUUUGCUGCCAGGAGCAAAUAAACCGUUCAAUCUACUGGGCGGAUGGUUUUGUAUUCGUUUACUCCAUCACGGACUACGAUAGCUAUCGGGUCAUCCGACCCCUGUACCAGCACAUUCGCAAGAUCCACCCCAACGCCAACAUCCCCCUGCUUCUGAUGGCCAACAAAGGGGACCUGCUGCGAGCCAGACAGGUGUCCUCCAGAGAAGGGCUUCAACUGGCCAAUGAGCUGGGUGGCACUUAUUGUGAAGUGUCAGCCCGGGAGAACUGUGAGGGGGUGCACGAGGCCUUCCAGCAACUUUGCCAGGAGGUGGGCAGGAUGAUUGGGAGCUGCAAUGGGGAAAAACGGAGAGGGCUCCACCUCAUCCGGCCCAAGUCUCCAAACAUGCAAGACUUAAAGAGACGUUUGAAACAGGCACUGUCGUCCAAAGGGAAAUCUGCCACUACACUUUGACAUUGCUGACAGCUACUUCAAAAAGCAAGCAAGCAAGCUGAUAUUUAUGUCUUUAUUCCCUCAAAAUUCAAUGGGCACAUUGGUUUUUAAAGAUCUCAGUUAAACAUCCUCUGUUUCCUUCAGCAAAAGACCUAUUGAAUGGAUAUUUCUGAGCAAGAGUUUAGAAACUGUGUUUAAAAAAAUAACAUGUCAAAAGCUAUGCACUUUUUAAAAGGGGGACAUCGCCAAGUAGUUUACGUCUAAAAUUUAGGUUUCAUUAAUAAGAAAAGAUUUUUAAAAUCCUAGAGGUGUGAAGAGAAAUGUCUUGGGUUUUUGCUUUGGGAUGUAAAUAUUCCCAAACACAAACAUUAGGGAGCCAAUGCAUGACAACAGGAGCAUGAAACUGACUAUAUACAGAAAGUGAAACUCCACUAGACUACUUUCCCUAUUCUGUGCUAGCUAAGUGAAAUUCAAAAAGCAACCAAAGAGAAAUGGUGAAAACUAAGUGAGAUUCAAAUUAGAUACUUUAAAUUAUGUUAUAAAGUUAUUAAUAAUAAUGGAAAUGAUUUUUUCAAAUAUGAUUUUUAUUAUUACAGUGCCUUUUUAAAGGAAGCAUAAAAAAUCACAGUUCUCUGAUUUUUUUAUUUUUAUUAUUACAAGUAACACCUAGGUUGACUGUAACUGAAAGAUUGGAGGAAAAAGAUAUGUUUCUCUUAUUUUUUUCCAUUUGUUUACUUUGACAGCACUUUUUAGUUAAUUUUACUAUAGUCUGCUUCCUGCAUUUUUGUGUGGAUCUUCCACAUGGCAACAGGAGAGAAAAAAACAUAAAAAAAGAUAGAGAAGUGUGAUUGUAAAAUCACAAAAAUGGGCUGGCAGCAUCUCCUUACAUUGUGUCUCAGCAUGCACAUCUCGCAGUAUAACCUUCAUUACAUGAUUUUUUUAAAAAUAGGAUCUUAGUUUUGUUAGCAUUGUUUGUAGAAAAAAAAGUUUAACUGUAUAAAUAAAGUUAAUUAACCCUCAGAGCAAUUCCCACAAAGCCCACUCAGCAGAUCAUCCAAUCUUAUUGCCUGCAGUUGGUUUGACUAUGUUUGUGUGCGUGUGUAUGUACACAACAUUAAUCCUCAAGGCCAUACAGGUGUUGCUUCAUUAGUUGUGCAUUGUAUGCAGAAGUGGCCUAUAAGUGGAGAUGGACCAAACCACAAAACACUAAUCCUGUUCCAAACUUUCAGAGAACUCGGGAGUCUCCAGGUUAGGGAUUUGGUUGGGGUUGAUCCUUGUACAAGAGAUCAUUAUUCUGAGUAGAUUAAGGGAAUAAGUAGAUAUCUCUGUGAGGUACAAUACAAUCCUGAUGCUUUUACAUACACAGGCCUGCAGCAGGAGUUAAUGAUUUGAAGGUAACUGUUAUGGAUUAAUCCAAGAGUACAGUGACUCAUGGCUCCAUCUGUCUUUAGUGCUUCACACAAACAUAUUUAAGAGGAGAUUUAUGUUGCAUUUUUAUAAGGAAGUAUCAAUGAGGGCUGGACAGCCUAAGAUGCUUUUGCAAUACUAUUUGGCUGGAAGUAAUUUCACUAAGAAAACCAUAGCUCCAUUCUUACUCAGCACACAGCUUCUUAUGGGCAUAUUUGAAGCAAGAGGAGAUUAACUGACAAGCAGUCAUGCUAGGGUGGCCAGGGCUGAGCUGGUAUGUGAGCUGAAAGUCUUUUUUUUUAAUAUUAUUUUAAUAAACAAGGCUAUUUGAAGCUGUAUUCUGUGGUCUGGCCAGUUUUAUGGCAACAGCAACAACACAAAGGC